AUGGCAAAUAAUGAAAUUAAAGAUUUAAAUAACAACUUAAUAAAAGAUUACGAACAUGCAUUUAACGAUCAAGAAAAGGUCAAUGAUACAAAAAUUGAAUCAAAGGUAGAGUCUGAAGGAGAAAUUCAAAAAUCUGAAGAGAUUCAGAAAUCUGAAGAGGUUCAUCAAAAAUUUGAGGAAGAGAUUCAUCAAAAAUCUGAGGAAGAGAUUCAUCAAAAAUCUGAGGAAGAGAUUCAUCAAAAAUCUGAAGAAGAGAUUCAAGAAG